GCGUCGAUCUGGCCAAAUUGAACAACUUCCUGGUCCGGGAAAAUCUGACAUUAUCGCGAUAGACAGCUUGUUCGUAUGCAAUUCAGCGGCAGGGGCCCAACGCUGGAAUGCGAAACAAUACGUUAUUUAGUCAAAACAAAUCAUUGCAGAACCUCACCGUACCAGUACGAAAAUAUCAGCUCUCCUCGGGACUCGGGUAUGGUCCGAGACAUGAGGGAGACUCCUAACAUAUGGGGAUGAGACGGGAUCGAUUAUUUUGGCUUUCGCAGCUUUGGGCUCGUUGACUCUCUGUGUUGGCUCAGGAUGGCGCAGGGAGGGUCUCAGCCUGACUACCACAUCCUGCAGGACCUCAAACAGCUCUUCCCAGAGAUCCCAGAGGGGGUAGUGUCACAGUGCCUUCUGCAGAACAACAACAACCUGGAUCUUUGCUGCCGCCUGCUGGCUCAGGAGAGUAACAGAUACCUGUAUGGAGAGUUCCAUCACAGUCCAGAGGAGGGCCGAUUAAAUCGAAACCACAUGCUACACAUUAGCCUGGGAUACCCAGGCUCAGAGGCAAGCAAGACAAAUGGAGGAGCAGCAGGAGUAGGACGCUCCCUUGUACACAGCACCAGUGACAGUCACAUUGAACCCCAGCGGCCCAGCUAUCCUGAGCCACUGUCAGCGCCUGCCACCAUGGCCCCCUCCCCGGGUUAUAAUCCUUUCUUCAUGAAUGAUCAAAGCCGCUCGGCUAGCACACCUACUCCUCCACCUACAAUGCAAGGCAUGUCUCCCACAUACGCCCCUGUUCCACGUUACUCUAUGAACCCUAUAACAGUCACACUUUCGCAGCAAAGUAUACCCAGUGUCCCACAGGCUCUGCAGAUCCCCCCAGGGCACUACCCAAACACCAACGCCACCCUGUAUAUGAGACCCUCACCGUCCCAGAGCCCACAGCCAGCACCCUGGUCCUCUUCAGGGGCGCCGGUGUAUCAACAUCAGCAGUCCCCCUACAGUACUCCCACGUACGGCUCGCCUUACAGCUCCCCGCAGCAUCAGGUUCAGCCCCAACCACAGCCCCAGCCCCAGCCCCAGCCCCAGCCCCAGCCACAACCCCAGCACCAGCAAUAUGUCUUUCUCCCUAUUAGCUCCCCAACUCUUCCCAGCAUGCCCUACCAUCACCAGCAACAGCCUCAGCCACAGCCAGCUGUUUACAGGCCCUACCACACAAAAGCCUCCCUCAAGAACCAGAUAGAGAUUACCCUGGAGGGUCCACGACCUCGCAGCAACUCACCUGUACACACCCCACAUCCUCAGGGAGCUCUUUACAUGGCCACUAGCCCCUCGCCGAGCUCCCCUUCGAGGGGUAUCACUAUGACUGGACCUUCAGGCCCGGCAUCCUUCCACCCUGGGAUGUAUCUGCAGCAUCAGGGCCCUGCAAGGCCUCGGCCUGCCUCCUCUCCUCAACCGGGCCAGUCAGCAUACACCUUUAAAAUCAAAGUGUCCCCAGGAGGCCAGAGGCCACUCAGCUCACCUCCUGUUGCCGAAGCGGAGUCUCUUCUCAACAUAGUAGACCAAGGGGAGCACAACGCUGCCCCUGCACCCAUCCUGCCCAUCUCCGCUCUGCCAGGGAACAUUAUCAGUCAGUUUCAGCAUAUGCCCCGACGGUCAAGCUCAGGGUCUGAUGACUAUGCCUACACACAAGCUCUCCUGCUCCACCAGCGGGCCAGGAUGGAGCGUCUAAUGAAGGAGCUGCUACUGGAGAAGCAGAAACUAGAGAACCUGAAGGCUGAUGUCAACAAUAUGGAAUAUGACGCCCUUCAAAGACGCUUUCGACGAGUCAACUCCUCCGGUCUUAUACCCAGACCUGAAGAGAUGACCCGAUUGCGGAGUCUGAACAGACAGCUUCAGAUUGAUAUCGACUGUACCCUGAAGGAGACAGAUCUACUGCAGUCUAGAGGAAAGUUUGAUCCAAAAGCAAUGAACAACUUUUAUGACAACAUACAGCCCGGUCCAGUUGUGCCGCCCAAACCUGGAAAGAAAGGUGAGAAUUUUUCAGCUCAGCUUUCAGAACAUAAAAAAGCGGAGCAGGUCCCCAAGCCAGUGCCAGGGCCCCAGAGGGACGAGGACUUUGAAGGUGCCCAGUGGAACUGUGAAAGCUGUACCUUCCUCAACCACCCUGCACUCAAUCGCUGUGAACAGUGCGAGAUGCCGCGCUACACCUGAGCUUAGCGCUGUGCUGUAUUGCCCACCCCUGCCCUAUCCCAUGCCAAUCCUUGGAUCGUGAAAAGCCCCAUUCCUUCAAAAAUCUGCAAAUUCUGUCUAGAGGUCUUCGCCUGUCGAUCAAUAUAUAAGCUCCUCUUACCUGCUGAGGAAGCUACUAUCCUUCUCUGCCCACUUGCCCUGUUCCCAUCUACUACUCCUGUGCACUUUGACUCUUUUUUUAAAUUGGAGGAGGAGGAUUCUUAUUCAGGACAGUUGGAGACUCUUCUCAUGGCAAAAGUACAAAAGAGGGAGUGACAUGACACAUUGCAACUCUCGUAGUUGCUGAGUCGCAGCUUCAGAAAAUUUGAAGCAAUUGAGGAGGAGGAGCUACAGUAUACCUAGAGAACAUUCCACGCAGAAACAGUGACUGCCCUGUUUACACAACUGCUCCCAUUCCUGAACUCAAAAUGGAGGCACCUCCACUUUAAUCUAGGACCUGUAACUCCCUCUCUGACAGUGGAACAAUGAAAGCAAUGGUAUAUACAUUCUGACUAAUGCGAAAUGUAGACUGUACACUGUAUUAGGCUCUGUAUUAGAGCUAAUUUCACUGAAAGAUGAACACUAAAGACAUUUGCAUAGGAGUAAAUUCCUGUUACUUUUAUGCAUAUUAUGCCGCCGUGUAUUGUCUUCAGAAGAUGUUAAUUUCCUGUGCAAAUGCCUCAACUUGCUGUAGUUAAUAAAGGAGCUGAUUCUAUGUGA